UGACCCCCCCCCUCGAGACAAACAUCAGAAACGAUACAGUGAGUUAAUGGCAGGAGAGGAACAGAGCGUGUCUGUGUCUGCGUGAAGCUCGUUGCGUGAUUUGUAAGACGUCGCUGUCCUAAAUACAGAUAUCAUAGAGAGCGUGGAGAAAACAAAUCAUGUGACAGCUGACAUUUGCAUCAUGUGCUCCUGCAUUUGCCACAUGCCUCUGACAUUAAUCGUUUUAUUAGAUUACAUUAAUGAGAUUAUGUUUCAUCAUCAUUCAUCAAGUGGGUUCCCAAUAAGAGUCGGAGGCUUGCAUGAUAGUCGGUCAGCUCACACGUAGCAUCUUGUUUUACUUUGAGGAAUCACUCUUUUUGUCUGUUUCAAAUGCAAUGCACUCUAUGAGGAACAGACGACAAAAUAAGAGGGAAGUACUUUCAUCCCAGCUGGACUGUUGAAAAGAAUUGUCUUUUGUGUCCUAAUACAUCUCAGUAGUCCACCAUGCGCAGAAUAAAUCCCACUGUUGUUUCAGUGCUGUUUUUGGCAUCUUUCUUGGCUGAUUGUUGCAAAAGCUGCAUUGCGGCAACAAGUCAAAUGGGUCAAAGGGAUUAUUGUUAAGGAAGGGCUUCCAGAUCAGACAUUUUGUCUGCAGUGCGAGUGUGAGCAACAUAUGCUUGUCACCAUCUUUUAAUCCGCAGUAGAAAAAGGAUUAAAUCCAUCUGGAGCCCAUUUUACUGUUACAGCUGCCAAAAGGUGCUUGGUAGCAAAGGCAUCGGCAGCUACAGGAGUCUGUGCAUGCUGCUCUCCUGAGCCAAGCCUCCAUGGUAGAGGGCAUAUUUGACCAUAACUGGAGCUAAUUUAACACCCGUCUAGGUUCCUCUGAGGUCACACACAGUUAAACAUCAGUCGCUGGUUAUGUUUCAGCACAGAGGCGCCGUGCGUACGAUCGGGGAAAUAUCUUGACUCGAAAAACUGCUAUGUUUUCAGGACCCAUGCUGGAAAACUUUGCAGGUAAAGUGUCUGUGUGUGCUUAUGUUCCUGAGCUUCCCUCUGACUAUGGCUGAGGUGCCUGGUCCAUGCAGACACUCCAUAACCAGGGAGCACCUGCUGACAGUCAGGCAUCUGAUGGAUAACCAGUUGAGAAAUGGGUGCUCGAUAACCUACACAUUCAUCGAACGGAGAAGUUUGAGCAAUUGUUGCUUUGUAAAAGCUGCUUUACCCUGGAUCCUGGAACUCCUCACCACCCACUUCAAAUAUAGUCGGGGUUCAGUCAAUGAUGGCUACGUCCAGUCCCUGAGGGCGCUCAUCCUCAACAUCUACUCUCAGAAAUGUGUGCCUCAGAUCAAUGAGGAGGUUGAGGAUAAGCCAGAGAGUUUUGAGAUGCUCUACAGGGGGUCUCCGUCAGAGGCACUGCAGAAGGCGUCGGAGGUGCUGUCCGUUUACUGGGAACUGGUGACGAGGAGCGACACGCCAGUCGACUGGAGGUGCCAGAACGAAUACACAGAAGUAUUUAGCUCGACCACAGAGCUACCCACAGAGUCUUCGGCAUACCAUUUCACAGACAGUUAUGGUCGGAACUCAGUGAGGGCCUCGCACAGAAAGCCAGUCAAAGACCUGUACAAGCUCGGCUUCAUCAUCACCUCCGUCUGCGGAGGACUGCUGUUCAUACUCACUCUCUACUGUCUCAUUACACAAAAGAAAACUCACAACAGUCACAGAUCAAGAUCACACACAAACUCAAGCAGAGAACUGCAGGACAUAGAGAUGGAGCCACAAUAGUGCAGUAACGAUCACCUCGCUGUGGCGGCAGAUGGAGCACUCGUGAAGCUGUACAUAUUAUCCAUCAUGAACAUGUUUUCAUAACAGUAUCGUGUGUGUAAUGUAUCAGCAUCUAUUUAAUCGGAAGCUUCGCUUUGACCGAGCGCAAAGAUGGACCUUACAUGGAAUAAUAUGCUGUGUAUAUUAUGUUUAUGCAUUAUCUAUUGCAGAUACCUUUUCAAGUUCACUAAAAAAAAAAGUUUUAUUUUUACACUA